AUGAAGGUGAGCGGAGCUGCUGUAGCGACGGUGGCCGUGGUCACCUGGCUGAGCUUCUUAGCGACCACCUCAGACGCCCAAGGAUACGACUUCUUCUACUUGGUGAUGCAGUGGCCUCGCGCCGUCUGCAACCAACCUCGCUCCAACUGCAGGGCGGCGGUUCCUCGGACCUUCACCAUCCAUGGGAUGUGGCCCCAGACCAACCGCGGCGGCAGCCCUCAGAACUGUCCCGGUAGAGUCCGCGACGUCCGAUCAAGCGGACGGGUGGACAGAGGCACUCUGGGGGCAAUGGACAGGCAGUGGCCGAACCUGAAGCGCGGCGGGAGGGACCCCAACAGCCAGUUCUGGACCCACGAGUGGAACAAACACGGCACCUGCUCCAGGAUGUCGCUGCAGAACUACUUCCGCCGGGCCGUCGACCGCGCCGCCAGCGUCGACGUGCUCCGCCUGCUCCGCAGCAACCGCAUCCAGCCCGACAACCGUUCGUACCGGCGGGCCGCCAUCGAGGCUGCUCUGAACCGCUACGAUCCGGUCGUGAAGUGCAACGACGUCCGAAGCGGCGGCCGAACCUACAAGCAGAUCCACGAGAUCCGGUUCUGCGUGCAGAGGGACGGCAACCGCGUCGUGUCCUGCGGCCGCCGAACCCAGUUCAGGAGCUGCGGCAGCGGAGACAUCAGGUUCUCCCGUUGA